AUGAAGCUGAAACUUCAACGGGUGAUUCGACUCACCUCGGACGAGAUCAACCACAAGAAACUCCGCACUCGCAAACUCCACAACUACACCAUCCUCCAUUACUCCCCAUUUAAAGCUGUCUGGGAUUGGUUCGUACUGCUCCUAGUGGUCUACACGGCAAUCUUCACGCCGUACGCAGCUGCUUUCCUGCUCAACGAUGACGAGCGACGGGCGAAACUCAACAAGGAAGCCGAAACACGGGCGGGGGAGGGGCUCAAAUCCAGCUACUCGGAACCCCUGGUCGUACUGGACCUGAUUGUAGACGUCAUGUUCAUUGUGGACAUCUUCAUCAAUUUUAGGACCACUUUCAUUGAUGACGUCAAAGGGGAGGUGGUGUCCGACCCGCCUAAGAUCGCUAAGCACUACCUGAAGGGGUGGUUUGUCAUUGACGUAUUGGCCGCUAUUCCAUUCGACUUGAUCCUCUUCGUGGUUGCAAAUGACGAGAAAACCACAACGACCAUGGGCCUCCUCAAGUCAGCCCGCCUGCUGCGUCUUCUACGCGUAGCCCGUCGCCUUGACCAGUAUUCCCAGUACGCUCCGGCCGUUAUAUGUCUCUUGAUGUGUGCCUUUACUCUAGUAGCUCAUUGGAUGGCGUGUUGUUGGUACUCUAUAGGGGAAAGAGAGAGGUCUAAAGAGUAUGGAUGGCUCAAUCAAUUAUCUAGAGACGUUAAUGAAACAUAUAGGGGAGACGAUACAGGAGGCCCCUCCCCUCAAUCUAAAUACGUGACGUCACUAUACUUCACCCUGACCAUCUUAACCACAGUGGGCUUCGGUAACGUGGCGCCGAAUACAGACGCAGAGAAGCUAUUCGCUAUAUGCAUGAUGCUGGCUGGAUCUCUCAUGUUCGCCUGUAUCUUCGGUAACAUGACGGCCAUCAUUGAGCGUCUAUACGAAGGUAUGGCUAGGUAUCACCAGCAGCUAACACUAGUUAAGGAAUUCGUCAAGUUUCAUAACGUGCCGCAUCCUCUAAGACGACGCUUACAGGAGUAUUUCAAACAUGCCUGGGUUUAUUCAAAUGGGAACGAUCUACAGGAGGUGGAUGAGGUCAUGAAGGACUUUCCGGACUUCCUCCAAGCGGAUAUCUCGCUUCAUCUCAACCGUAACCUACUCAACGGGUCGCCAGCCUUCAAAGGCGUCAAUCACGGAUGCUUGAGGGCGCUGUCGGUCAAGUUCCAGAACACCCACACGGCCCCAGGGGACAUUCUACUGCACAGAGGGGACAGUCUGAAUCAAAUGUACUUCAUAUCUAGGGGGUCACUCGAGAUUUUGCGUGGGAACGACGUCUUAGCAAUAUUGGGCAAGGGAGAUGUUGUUGGAGAGAACUUCUGCCAGCGACCUCUGGUUGGAAGGUCGAAGGGUACAGUCAGGGCAUUGACCUACUGUGACCUAUUGACCCUGUAUCGAGAAGACCUUAUGGAUGUCAUCACAAUGUAUCCAGAUUUUCGACAGCACUUUGCAGAGAAGGUUGAAGUUACAAUAGACAUGAGAGAUACCGAGUUGGAUAAAAUAAUUCCAGACAUAGCUCCAAAGGUCAACCACUGGCCGGGGGCCAAGACCGUCCUCAACCGGCGCUUCUCGGCCGUAGUCGCCGCAGCUCAAGCGGCCCGCAAGAUGAAGUCCGAGCAGAGGAGUAGGGUCACGCUGACACCGUGUCCGAGCACAGAGACUGUGGCAUCCAAGACGGGGUCUGAGAGCAGUAAACGGGGGUCGGAUGGCAGCAAGAUCAGAGAUUCGCUCUUCUCAUUCCAGAGUGGCAAAUGGAAAAAGAAACCCGGCAAAUUUGAUACAUUGGUUUCCGUGGAAACAAACGAGCAGGAUGACGAUGAAGACGGAGAUGAUCAAAAUGUUCCUCUCAUGCGAAGAAAAUACCGACAUUACACCGAACCAUUACGCACUACCGGCAAGACAUCAACAGACCAAAGAAACCUACAUCGCUCAUGCCCCCUCAGAGACACAAGAAACGAUGAGGCCACGCCCCCAUCGUCAGAACUCGGCAACCGGGAGGCCCCAGAGGGCGCUGUUACUUCCUCGUUGAAUCGGCUGAACGCCAAGGCUUCUUCCAUUGACCUUGACAACAAUAACUUAGGGUGUUUCGUCGACAACAAUGCCAUCCACUUUCGGAUUGACGGGUUGUAUAAGCAGCUCGGGGAGAUCGAGAGGAAAUUCGACGAGCAGAAAGCAGCUAUCAUUGAGUGUCUCCUAGGGAAGGCUCACCCACCUAUCAGUGGGGAUCGAGAGACCAGACGUGGCAUGCAAUCUGCUUCCAACCCUGUGUUGAAUAUGGCUUCUCGCCCAGGAGGGGGCAGACACAUAGAUGUUGUACUAGCUCCAGCCGGUGUGGGCACAAGCAGUGAUCCUACUAUUAGUCUAACCGGGAAAGAGCAAAAGAGGGAUAAAAUGCAAGCGGGUAAACCGACGAACCACACGGACCAUCCUCUGAUAGAGUUGGACGUUAUCAACGAACCGAUGGCGAACUCUUUAAGUGGUGCCUCUCCGGAAGAGGAUUCCAGAACUGAGCAAUCCAAGAAUGUAGUCGUCACUUCCUCAUCGCAUCCUCCCCAGGAUCCCAAGCAGCAAGAGGGGUCUACAGAGAAACUGCCCCAUCUCCGGUCUAAGAAAGUAGGGAGGGAUAAGUUCUACCAGCGUGGACCGGGGAGAUCUCGCGGGAACGGGAGACCCUUUGCCAUGCCAGGACGAGUGUCCAUGGGCAACCGAUCGCCCAAUACGAGAGCGCCUGUCCUUUCAUUUCCGCCUGUAAAAGGACCCGAUGAGAGCGGUGAGGUUAUUUGGCUGGAGAGGCGCGGGGAAGAAACAGGUGGCACCAGGGUGUCCUCGACGUCAUCGUGUUAAGGUUUUGGAAUCAGCUGAUGAAUAUUCAUUUGAAUAUUUGCAUAAUUAGCAUAGGUUUGCACAAUGAUGUAUUGUUUUCACACAAUCUUGCAAUUAUACGAAUGGUUGGUUUGAUCUACCAUACUGUACCACAUUUGCAUACUGAUUUACACAUUCAUAUUAUGUCACGCACAGUUGUAUGUGUGUUUUGAUUUUCCAUAGUUCUACAAAACAAAAUGCACAAUGUUUUUUGUUUCAUCUGAUUUAUUUGAUUCAACAAUGAAUUAUUGUUAUUUUUUUAUAUUUUUUUUUACUUCCACCUGUUCGUUACAGAAAAUAUGAACUGGAUUUCUGGUGAAUGGCAUCAGUUGACUGAGUGACAGACUAUUUCUUGGACAAUAAUCAAAUAAUAAAUUCAACGAAUUUGAGAUGAAGAGGGCACGUCAUUCAGUGGAUGAGUUUGGUGACAUUGAUGGCUCUGCAGACAAUCUAACGGUUACCACAUUUCUUACUUUCAAAGCAGUUUGCUUUUAAAGGACUGAAAAGUUGAACAUCUGUUCAAGGCUCACUAUAGAGACAAACGCCUAAACAAACUGAGUAAAGUUUUGUAUCAAGUUGAUUGUUCAACGUAUAAUCAACAGUUUUUUUUUUUUUUUUUUUUUUUUUUUUUGAUAGACAAUUGACGGAGACCAAUCUCUCAUCAACGACCGACGACAAUUGACUAACUGGACAGGGUUUUCGGUUUGUGCUACCUCUUUCAAACAGGUAGAGAGAGUGACAAAGGACAUUGACAAUAACGGACAUUCAGGACACGAAACAACGACGUCGACAUCAUGACAGGUGGAAAGGAGAGAUUCACAAAAUAUAGACGACAGAACAAUCUUACAACUGAUUUGUUUUACUGACUGGACUACCGAACCAACCAAGGACCUUCUCUUAACAUGCCGACUGUUUGGCUCUACUGACUGACAAUAAAACAUGACAAUUAUUAUGACCUACUUAAUUUUUGUUUAACUAAGUUUUUGAAAAUGGCUGAUACCGAUUGGUAAAGGUUUGAUGUAGUAAGAUUUAGUUAGUUGUUUGCUCAACCCAAAAUCAUUCAAACUUUACCCAGUCAGUUUCCCUUGCGGCUUACUACUUGAUAAAUAUAUGUAUUAUUAUUCGUUUUUUUUUUUUUUUUGGACUUUUACAGCAAUGAUUCUCUUCCAAAGUGGUGUAGCAAAAUCUGUUAACGGAAUAAUACAAGGAAGACAUUUAGAGUAUCACCAGUCAUUUUAGUUUGUAAUAAUGUAUUCAUUUAUUCACAAGCAGCAAUGAGCUUUAAAUACAGCACACACAAAAAGUAGUGGAUUUAUAAACUGCUUUUGUAUUUUAACAUUGAUGCGAUAAUGUAGGAUUUUUUUUGUAAGAGGUACACCAAUGUAAUAUUUGUAUAUAUUUGAAACCAAGCAUUGUCACACAUGGUGGCAAAGUUUAAAACUUGAAAGCAAAACAAUAAUAUUUAGACUUUUUUAUAAAGUGACAGCUUUUUUUAUACAUAUGUGUGGAAGUGUGUGUGCAAAUGAACACAAAUCGGAAAACAAUUUAAGUUGUACGUAGGAGGCUGAAACAAAGAAACAUAAUUGGACAUUGUCAAUGUUCAACCCUUCUUUUCUCGUAAAUGUAAAUUGAUCAGAGGUUUAUUUUUACCUCUGAUAACAAGACAGUAAACAAAUUUAUACUUUUUCCAAAACCAAAUACAGACACAACUCUGGAUGUUUUCCUUUGAAUAUUGGAAUUUAAGAAAGCAUAAUUUUUUUUUCUGUUUGAAAGAAUUGUUUACGAAACGAUCAAACGAAGGAUAAUUUCAUUGAAAAAUUUACAUCAUUAAUUUUCAAUCAGUUCUUAAUUUCCCUGCAGUAUUGAGAAUAAUUUUGUAUACGAAACAUCUAACCUUAGAACAAGUUUGUUUUAGAUACAAUUGCUCUAAUCUUUGCAAAUGCUGACCAUUACUGCAAAAUAAAAUUUAAACAAUUGCCGGCUAUCAGAAAUCACUUUCUGGUAUGGUUGGAUUGUUUUUUUAUGAUGACAAUUUGGAACAAGAAGAAGCAAUGCAUAGGAAAGUUUGUUGCAGGUUAAAAGACAACUUGGUGACCGAAUUAUACAUAGUUAGGAUGGUUGUCUGCAUUCACAUGUACAUAGUAUACAUCUAACAAACAAGUUAUGUGUUAGUUCCUCAAAAAGUAGAGGACUGGACAGUCCUUAUUUGCAUCAGGAUAAAUAAUAACCAUUUCGUUGAAACCUUAAACUGGUGUUUGGUAUUUAGUGCAUUCUAUGUCCUGAAAGUAGAGGGAUUCGAAUCCACUAAAAUAACGUUUCGCUUUAAAGUGUAACGUUUUAAAAUGUAACGUUUUAGGGUAUACUUGAUAACAACUAAUGGUUCGUUGAGAAUGUCUUCCUUUCAUUCAUACACAACUUUCCCCUCAAAGUUGGAGCUUUCGGUUCCGAUCUUAUUCUCUUGCAAGGCAUGUAUAUAAUUAAUUUCAGAAAGCUAACUGCUGCUGCAUCCUUUUAGUCCAACAGAUAAAUAGUUCUAAAUCGUCUUACAAUUUGAAACAAAAUACUUGUACACGUAAAGGUUUCCGGGUUGUGUAAGUUGACAUCACCCAUAAGAUUUGUAAAAAAGUUCUACGUCUGCAAGGGGCAACAGGGGGAAUUAUCAAGCAGUUAAUUGUAAACCCCUGUAAAUAAUUAUAUACUUUUAUAAGCCUUAAAAAGGGGAUUGCGAAGUUGUUGCCAGUAGUACAAACGGGCAUACAAACCUAAAACUGGGUUUGAAAGGAAGGUUUUAAGAACGUUUGGAAACAGUUGUUCGGAUACAAACGAGAAAUCAUUUCCACUAUUUAUAAUACUAUUUUUUGUACUGUCAACUUUUCUUAGCUUAUUCUGCUGUUAAAAUUGUUGUUUAAUUUGUUCCCCUUUUUUAAUAGUAGGCCUACACAUUAGAAGUUAUUUCCAGCAUUUGGGUAGAUUACCAACGAAAAUGUAUCAUAAAUUGUUGUACAGAAAACGUUUCGUUAUCGUUUUGAAAUUUGAUUUUGUUUUAGAGAGCCUCCAGCAUUAACAACUAGAAAUGGAUUGAAGUGUCAGUUGAAUUUAAAGGAACACGUUGCCUUUUAUAAAAAGCGUUUGUAACCGUUUGUUAUAUAAUGCAUAUGGUUAGAAA